AUGGUCAACUUCAACCACGAACAACUCUGGAUCGCAUUCCAAGCAAUAAGAGGGUGUCGAGUUGCGCUGGAGAAUGCCUUCAGCUGCGCAAUCAAGAGGGAGGCGUUUGACAAGACGCUGAUCGAGCAACCAGUGGUGAGGCACAAGUUUGGCAAUUGCGGGAGAAUGGUGGAGAGCUUGCAGGCGUGGACGGAGCAGAUCAUCUAUGAGCUGGAGAAUCUGUCUGAGGCCGACGGUGCGGGGUUGUUGGGCGAGACGACGGCGCUGCUGAAGGUGAAGAGCGGAAUGAUCUGCAAAUACAUCGCCGAGGAGUGUCUCAAGAUCAUGGGCGGACUCGGUCUUACCAAAACGGGUCAAGGUGCACGGAUCGAGGCUUUCUAG